AUGGGAAAGCGGAGUGGUGUCAAGAAACAGCGGGGUGGUGUCAAGAAACAGCGGGGUGGUGCCAAGAAACAGCUGAGUUGUGCCAAGAAACAGCGGAGUGGUGCCAAGAAACAGCGGAGUGGUGCCAAGAAACAGCGGGGUGGGGCCAAGAAACAGCGGAGUGGUGCCAAGAAACAGCGGGGUGGUGUCAAGAAACAGCGGGGUGGUGUCAAGAAACAGCGGAGUGGUGCCAGGAAACAGCGGAGUGUUGUCAAGAAACAGCGGGGUGGUGCCAAGAAACAGCGGAGUGGUGCCAAGAAACAGCGGAGUGGUGCCAAGAAACAGCGGAGUUGUGCCAAGAAACAGCGGAGUGGUGCCAAGAAACAGCGGAGUGGUGCCAAGAAACAGCAGAGUUGUGCCAAGAAACAGUGGAGUGGUGCCAAGAAACAGCGGAGUGGUGCCAAGAAACAGCGGGGUGGUGUCAAGAAACAGAGGGGUGGUGUCAAGAAACAGCGGGGUGGUGCCAAGAAACAGCGGAGUGGUGUCAAGAAACAGCGGGGUGGUGUCAAGAAACAGCGGAGUGGUGUCAAGAAACAGCGGAGUGGUGUCAAGAAACAGCGGAGUGGUGUCAAGAAACAGCGGGGUGGUGUCAAGAAACAGCGGAGUGGUGCCAAGAAACAGCGGAGUGGUGUCAAGAAACAGCGGGGUGGUGCCAAGAAACAGCGGAGUGGUGUCAAGAAACAGCGGAGUGGUGUCAAGAAACAGCAGGGUGGUGCAAAGAAACAGCGGAGUGGUGUCAAGAAACAGCGGAGUGGUGUGAAGAAAACGCGGAGUGGUGCCAAGAAACAGCGGAGUGCUGCCAAGAAACAGCGGAGUGGUGUCAAGAAACAGCGGAGUGGUGCCAAGAAACAGCGGAGUGGUGUCAAGAAACAGCGGAGUGGUGUCAAGAAACAGCGGGGUGGUGCCAAGAAACAGCGGAGUGGUGUCAAGAAACAGCGGAGUGGUGCCAAGAAACAGCGGAGUGGUGCCAAGAAACAGCGGAGUGGUCGGAGUGGUGUCAAGAAACAGCGGGAUGGUGUCAAGAAACAGCGGAGUGGUGUCAAGAAACAGCGGGGUGGUGUCAAGAAACAGCAGAGUGGUGUCAAGAAACAGCUGGGUGGUGUCAAGAAACAGCGGGGUGGUGCCAAGAAACAGCGGAGUGGUGUCAAGAAACAGCAGGGUGGUGUCAAGAAACAGCGGGGUGGUGCCAAGAAACAGCGGAGUGGUGUCAACAAACAGCGGGGUGGUGCCAAGAAACAGCGGAGUGGUGUCAACAAACAGCGGGGUGGUGCCAAGAAACAGCGGAGUGGUGUCAAGAAACAGCGGGGUGGUGUCAAGAAACAGCGGAGUGGUGUCAAGAAACAGCGGGGUGGUGCCAAGAAACAGCGGGGUGGUGUCAAGAAACAGCAGAGUGGUGCCAAGAAACAGCGGAGUGGUGUCAAGAAACAGCGGGGUGGUGUUAAGAAACAGCGGAGUAGUGUCAAGAAACAGCCGGGUGGUGUCAAGAAACAGCGGAGUGGUGUCAACAAACAGCGGGGUGGUGCCAAGAAACAGCGGAGUGGUGUCAAGAAACAGCGGGGUGGUGUCAAGAAACAGCGGAGUGGUGCCAAGAAACAGCGGGGUGGUGUCAAGAAACAGCGGAGAGGUGCCAAGAAACAGCGGGGUGGUGUCAAGAAACAGCGGAGUGGUGCUAAGAAACAGCGGAGUGGUGCCAAGAAACAGCGGAGUGGUGCCAAGAAACAGCGGAGUGGUGCCAAGCAUCCCAGUCAAUCUUUGCCUGACAAUACAUAUAUAAGUCUAUCGUUCAUAUUCCAGACACUGAGACCUUAA